UCGAGUGAGUGGCGGCAUUCGAAGUAAAUAUUCACGUUUCGUUUUCACUUUUUGCUCUGCAAUCGCUUAGCUCACUGUUUUCCAGUUUUCUGGUAUUUGAAGAAUAAUGCAGUAAUGUGUGUACUGUUCAUGGUCAAAAAAUAUAUUAUAUCUGUAUAUGAUCACGACUAUUUAAAUGUAAAUAUAACUGUUUGUCUUGCUUCUAAGUACCAGAAUGGAUCGGAUUCGUAGCAGAACUUCGCAUGCAGCAAAUGCUAUUCUUGCAGAAAAAUUGUUUACUGCUAUAAAAACGGAACGAAUAGACGAUGUGGAGAAGUAUUUGUGUCUUGGUGCUGAUCCUAAUUAUGUUCUUUUGAAUGGAAUCACACCUUUUCAUCUGGCAUCUGGUUGUUCUCUUAGUUACGAAUUUUCCAAAAUGAUUUUGGAAUAUGGUGGGAAUCCAAAUGUAAGGAAUAAAGAAGGAAUCACUCCACUUCAUGUUGCAACAUUGUGGGGAAAAACUGAAUGCAUGAAGCUUUUAUUAGAGAAUGGUGCAAACCUGCACUGCACUGACAAUGAUGGUAAUGAUUUGAGAUGGUUUUCACUAGAAAAUGGUUCUUCUGAAUGUAUGUCUUUAGUUGACCAGUUUAUGACAAAUAGCAAUGAACCAAAGACACCAAAAUCUUCAAAACGAGGUGAUCCCUAUGCAGAUUCUUGGAUUUCUAUAAAUAAAGAAAACAGAAAACCAAAAGUUGGAGAUAUUGGAACAAAAUCGAGUGAAAGUCCGAUUAGUAUUCGAUCUCCACUUCAUGGGCAAUGUGAUGAUUCUUGGAUAAUGAAGCAGAGAGGGUCUUCACGUCGUCGUUUUGAUAGCAAUAAAUCAUCUAGAGAAAAUUCACCUGCGAAAUCACCCCUAAUAACAAAGGAGAGUUCAAAAAUCAAUAAUAUUCCCAGUACUCGAUUGAAUGCAUGCACAAAAAAUUGCUCUUCAAAUGGAGACAUAAAAUCUGAAAGUCGGGCAACAGAAUGCAGCUUCGGCAGUAAUACCCCGUCUAGUUUGGAUUUAAAAAGCCAACGUAAUUCUGAUCCGUACCAACUUGUCCAUUCCCAUAAAAGACCACACUGUAGAAUUCAAUGUACACAAGAGACACCUCUUGUUUUGAAUCACCUUUGCAGAGGAUGUAUGUUAGAUAUAAAUCAAAAAGACAAUUCUUCCACUGCGAUUUCGAAUGACAAACUAGACACUACCGAUAAGUGUAUUGGUACCUCCAUUUUAUAUCCAUUAGAAACUAAGCCUAGUGAUGUAGAGAUGGACAGUUUUGCUUGUCAAGUAUCCAUUUCUCAUCAAAAGGAAAGUUCCAAAUUUCGGAAUAUGGAAACAAAAGACGAAAAUUCUUCAUUGGUAUCGCAACCGCCUUUGCUAAAUCAGAAUCGGAAAAGUUGUGAUAAUAUCCCAGCUAAGAGUUCUCAUGAAAUGUCCAGAAAUCUGUAUACCGAUGCGAUGGAAGAAUUUUUGAAGGGAUGCAAUCGCUUCAUCGAAUCUGACAACAAAGGACUAGAUGUUUCGUCACCUGACCAUUGCGUGUCAUUUGCCAUCGAAAAAACUUCCAAAAGUGUAUCUGCAAAUACUGAAUCUCCUGUUACUGCUAAAAUUGUGCAUUCAAUACUUGCGAUAGUUCCGAAAACUAAAUCUGAGGAUAAAUGUGUCACUAAUUCACAGAGUGGAUCUUGUUAUCCAAAUGAAGAAAUGGAAAAUUCCGCAGAAAAGGAAUGUUGUAAUUUUGAUAUAAAACCACAAAGGGAAGACAUUGAUUUUUCAAAAAAAAGGUCAUCAAAUUUGUCAGAAUCACCACUUUCUACCCAUAUGCUGUUAGCAACAAAAGUUCCAUUGACUCCUUCUGAAAUGUUGAAAUUUUAUGGAGAUAGUUUAUUUGAUAAGCUAUCUUUAUCUGAUAAUUCCACAACAGAUAAAAAACAAACUGACACAAACUCUUGCCUGAAUUACAAUCACAGUACCACAUUUCAACUUGAGCCAACAUCCGAGUUAGCAAAGCAAAACUUACAAAAUGCAAAUGAUAAUAAUGAAAAUCAAACUGAGACCUCCAAUAACGUCAAAGAUGAUAGUUAUCUUACUUUUUCUGAAUCGACUGUUCCGAUAGAAGGUUGCGAAGCAAUAAAUGAAUCCAGCGUAUUUGAAUCUCCAAAAGUUGGACAGUCUCCGACGGAACCCUCACAAGCUUCUAUUUCUCUGAGAAGAUUUGCUGCCUCGUCAUCUAAUACAAACUCUGCAGAAACACCCAUGAGAAAAAAACCUCCUCGUAAUCACAAAAAGAUAGUCCCAUCAUUGACUGAUAUUUCUGCAAUUACCACAAAUUCUAGAUUACACUCAACAGCUUUAAAUGAUACACGGGAUAAAUUUGGAAUGGUUGAUGAGGCAUCUUUUGAUAUCAGCAUUAUCAAAGCGAAUCCGACACAUGAUUGUGAGUGUUCUUCAUCAGCAGACUUACCAGGAAACCAAGCAUCAGGAACUGCAGCCAGCAAAGAUUGUGCUAAAGCCAUGGAAAUGUCUUCAACAUUGCAAAGUACAGGAAAUCAAAGUACAAUCAUAUAUAAUUGGAAGACGUUUUGGAAAGGAGAACCUAUCCCUGAAUCAGCUCGGAAAAAAUCCAAACGAGCAAAAAAGUCUUCAACAACUUCAGAAAGUUCAAGUGAUGAAAAAAUGUCGCAAUCAGAACUUCAAAAAUUGAGUAAUGCAGAAAUCAGGGAUCGUCUGAUUUCACUCGGUUUCACUCCAGGACCGAUAGCAGCCUGUAGGGAAGUAUAUUUGAGGAAAUUGGAAAACCAUUUAAACGGACCGAAAGAAACAAAGGACCAACCAACAGAUGAUGGCUCAUUGCAUAAAACAGUUGAAGAUCCCAAAUUUUCUGCUGAAUUGCAUGGAAUCAUUUUGGGCCGAUCGUUUCCUACAUCUGUAUUUGAUGAUGAUGAUAUGAUACGACGACAGUUCGAACAACCUGACCCAAAUUUACAAUGGAGAGAAGGCACUAUGAAAAAUAGUUUUACGUACUUGUUACUUGACCCGAGAGUAACAGAUAAACUUCCGAUUCGUGCAAGAGAUAUCACUGAACAAGAGUCGUUCAAGUCAUUCGUUGGCGCAAUAUUUUAUGUAGGUAAAGGAAAACAGUCAAGACCUUACAGCCAUUUUCAUGAAGCUUUACAAACAAACAGGGCUUUGUAUAAGCUGAAUCCUAGCCUCAAAGUUCGCCACAUUCACGAUAUCUGGAACUCGGGACACGGCGUCAUAUCUCUCCAUGUUUUUCAAAGUGUUAUCGCUUGCGAAGCGUACACUCGUGAAGCGUCAAUGAUCGAAGCAAUUGGCCUAAAACAUCUUACAAAUCAGAAAAGAGGGGACUAUUAUGGUGCAGCUUCGUCGUGGGAUGUGCGCCGAAAGAGAUUAUACGGUUCUUUUCUGGUCAAAAAAGCUAUGGAAGUACUCAUGGUCGAGGGAGAAAGACAAAUACGUCCAUCGAACUUGAAAUCUCAUAAUACUCGACAAUGGACUGGCUGUAAUGCACCUAUACCACCAACUAGCGGAUAAUCUUUUUUAUCUUGGUUUUGCUAAAAUUUUCGUAUCACCCAUAGUCAAUUACUGUACCUCAAUAAAUCAUGUCACAGAGAACUAGGUUUCUAGGUUGUGAAAAGGGUUUAUUCUAGCUAAUUUCGAUGAACUAAAAUUCUAGUCUUUUUGAGUUGACUGUCCAGUAUUUCUUCACGCAAUUGAAAAUUAUAUUUCAUCCAGUUUCUUUUAUGGUUUUUAAUUAUUUUGUUCCCAGCAGUUAGACAAUUGUUCAGCUUCUCAAAUAUAUCGAAAUGUCAAUUUUC